AUGAAACGAAAUCCAGACUACGGUUUUGGGAAAAUAAUUGGAACCGUGGCAGUUGCAGGUACCAUCCUCGGUAUGGAUGUGUCUUCAAUGACCGUGUUCCUGACUUCCAGCUAUUUUAAUCAAUAUUUUAACUUUCCAGGUCCUGCUUUGCAGGGUUUGAUCACUGGGGCCAAUCCGGUUGGAGGGCUUGUGGGAUGUAUUCUUUUUGGUAUAAUGACGGACAAGUUAGGAAGAGCGCCCACAUUUCGAGUCUUAGCCCUUAUCUGGAUUAUAGGGUCAAUAAUAUCAGCAGCAGUUCUCAACGUAUGGAUGCUAAUUGCAGGAAGAUUUAUUCGGGGGAUUGCAGUGGGUUCUUUUUCUGUGCUCCUCCCGGUAUACAUCGGGGAAGUCGUUCCUGAGCAGAGGAGAGGUCUAGCGACGUCAGUUGUGCAACUUGCUUUAACUUCAGCCAUCCUGGUUGUCUUUUUCGUUUGUUUCCUUCUAAACUAUUUCGAACAUCAGUAUUCAUUUCGAAUCGCAUGGGGUCUGGAGAUGGUUCCAGCUCUUUUGCUGCUUGUGCUUUCGUUCUCGCUAUUGGAGUCUCCAAAAUGGCUAGCAUCGCAUGGGAGGUAUGAUCAAGCGCGCACUAUUCUCCAGAAUUCUGGCGUUAUUGAGAAUCAUGAUAGAGAAGAAGUGGAUGCGGCGCCCGUAACCAAAAUUGACAUUUUGGAACUUUAUGGUGGUUCCCAGAAAAUAAGCUACGGUGACCUUUUUUCGGGGACUCUUCGAAAGCACAUGGCUGUUGGCGUAACUGUGCAAGUUCUGGUUCAAGCAUGCGGCAUCAAUAUCCUGAUGUUUUAUAUUGUUUACAUUUGCGAGAUGAUAGGGCUGCGAGGCGGGACGAAACUUGCAGCCGCUUCAGUGCCAUACUUCAUCAAUGUGGUCUUUACCUGCAUUCCUAUAGCUUUAUUAGAUCGCCUUGAGCGGAAAGCUGUCGUUUCAUUUGGAGGGCUUUCUCUUGGCUUUAUCAUGGCAUUAAUGGGAGCAAUAAUGGGCUGGUUUGGUCAUAGCGUGCUGCCCGUCAAUGGUAACGCGACUAUUGUGUGGGAGAUAACAGGAGCUCCUGGCUUCUUAAUUUUGGCACUGUGCUUCUUGUUUGUGGCACUGUUCGCAUCCACAUUGUCUUGCUGUGCAUGGCUUUACAGCAGCGAAGUUCUACCACGAGACGCGAGGUCAAAAGGAAUGGCAUUGUGUAUGGCAGCUAGCUGGUUUUUAAAUUCCUGCCUCACGUUCACCACUCCUUUGCUGCUGCGCAAAAUCAAAUGGAUAACAUUUGUCCUAUUAGGAUCAACAACCGUUCUUCUCUCGAUAGUGGUUGCGGUAUGGUUUCCCGAAACUAAAGGACUUAGCGAGGAUCAGAUAAAACAGAUCUUCAGGAAACCAGCCAUUGAAAUUGAGUUAGGCGAAAAAGAGAAGUAUUCCGACGAGAGUGAUACAAGGUCCUCCGCGCCGUCACCUGUAACCAGUUAG